CGAAUUUUUUGGGUCUUAAAAGCCAGAGAGAGUGAGAGUGAGUGAGAGACAGAGAGAGAGAAGGAGAGUGGAAUCUGUUGGUUGAAGUGAGCAGUUAACAACUCAAACAAAUACACACUUGUGACAGACCAUUUUAAGAUAGAUUUUUGUGAGAAUUUUUGUUCAAUUAUUUCUUCUUUGUCGUGGUUUUUACCUAGAAAGUGAGGUGAAACAACUAGUAGAUUUUUAUUAAGGGAAGAGAGAUCAGAAGGUGUGGAAUUUGGGUUUUAGGGUUAGGGUUUAAUUUUGUGGAAGAGGAUAGGAGAAAUUGGGGUUGGGGGGAAAGAUAUCUGAAGUAUGAAACUCAGUAUUAGGACAAAAGAAAAUCAAUAUGGGUAAUUGUGGUACUAGGGAAGAAUCAGCUGUUGUUGCUAAUGCUCAAGUUCAGCAGCUCAGCACUUUUUCUCCAGCUGUUAAGAAUGCAAUAAGUGAAAAGAAACAUAGUCGAUCUUUUUCGGAUUUGAGUGAUCCUUCAACCCCGAGAAACGGAGAUGAUACAAGGAAAAAUACUCUUCUAGAUAGUGUUAUAGCCUUUACGUUAUUCGAACUCGAAACCAUUACGAAAAGCUUUCGUUCCGAUUACAUUCUCGGUGAAGGUGGAUUUGGUCCGGUGUUCAAAGGUUAUAUUGAUGAGAAUGUCAGGGUUGGACUUAAAUCACUUCCUGUUGCUGUCAAGGUCCUCAACAAGCAAGGCCUUCAGGGUCAUAGAGAAUGGCUGACGGAAGUUAAUUUUCUAGGGCAGCUCAGACAUCGAAAUCUGGUGAAGUUGAUUGGGUACUGCUGUGAGGAUGAUCAUAGAUUACUUGUUUACGAGUUCAUGUUCCGAGGCAGCCUUGAGAACCACUUGUUUCGAAAAACGUCAAUUCCAUUACCUUGGGCGACAAGAAUGAUGAUUGCACUUGGAGCUGCCAAAGGGCUUGCUUUCCUUCACAAUGCGGAAAAGCCUGUUAUCUACCGGGACUUUAAAACCUCAAAUAUUUUGUUGGACUCUGAUUAUUCAGCCAGACUUUCUGAUUUUGGUCUUGCCAAAGCUGGUCCACAAGGUGAUGAGACCCAUGUGUCCACACGUGUGAUGGGUACUUAUGGUUAUGCUGCGCCUGAAUAUGUUAUGACUGGUCACCUCACUGCAAGAAGUGAUGUCUACAGCUUCGGCGUAGUCCUUCUCGAGCUUUUGACAGGACGAAAGUCGGUGGACAAGACGCGCCCUAGCAAGGAGCAGAGUUUGGUUGAUUGGGCCCGUCCAAAGCUUAAUGACAAGAGAAAGUUGCUGCAGAUAAUUGAUCCUAGACUGGAAAAUGAGUAUCCCGUGAAGGCUGCACAGAAAGCAUGCAGCUUGGCCUACUAUUGUCUGAGUCAAAACCCUAAAGCAAGGCCUCUCAUGAGUGACGUGGUUGAGACACUUGAGCCCCUGCAAAGCAGUGGUGCAAGUGAUGUUCCCACAGGGGCCCUUAUUGCAUUGCCUGAUCAUCGAAUGCACCGUAGAUUUGCAGGCAGUGGCGUUGGUUGUAGAUCUCCUAACCCUAAUUAUUCACCAGGAGGCCCUACCGCAUGCAGGGUGAGAUAAUAGAACCCUCCUCACAAAUAUCUUGUUUGUGUGCCUGUUUUUGUGUGCUCUCUGCUUCUCUUCUUGUUAACAAAAGAUAUUGUGGAUGUGUAUGAUAAAACCCUGCAAAAAGAAAAUGUAUGCAUGUGCUUAGUUACUACUGUGUUUGUUGCAAAUUUGAUUUACUCAGUAACCA